AUGGAAGUUCAUGAGACAGACAACUCCAGCUCAAACUUAAACCCAAUAGCAGAAGCAUCGCUAGUUGGACCAUCGGAUGACUUUUUGCAUUUGGCAUUACCGUCUCCACCCCAACGACAAAUCCACUUUUAUGGGUUGUGUUUAAUUGUGAUACCAACAGUUACAAUUCUCGGCAAUUUGCUUGUGAUCGUUUCAAUACUCAGAUUCAAGACGUUGCAUUCUGCAAUCAACUUCCUCAUUCUUGGACUUGCAGUCGCCGAUUUAUUGGUGGCACUGUUCGUUAUGCCAUAUGCAGUUUAUAUCUACGUGGAAGGUGGCUAUUGGUUUCUUGGACCUCUGAUGUGCGAUAUCUAUUCAGCGAGUGAUGUGGCGUGCAGUACAGCAUCUAUUUUGCUUCUCUCGGUCAUCAGUUUCGAUAGAUACAGAGCCGUAUCACGUCCAAUACAAUAUUCACGUCAAUCACAAAAUGUUCAACGGGUUGUCUAUAUUUUGAUCGCUAUUUGGCUUAUCUCGCUUAUCCUUGCAUGCCCAAUUGUGCUUGGUGCCAAUAAUCGGCCUUCGGACGCCGACCCAUAUGAAUGUCGUUUAUAUAACCCUGAUUUUACAAUAGGAUCAUCGAUUAUCAGUUUUGUUAUUCCUUGUUUCAUCAUUCUGUUCGUUUACGUGAGGAUUAUUGUUGCGUUGCGAGCUCGAGAGAAAGCUGCUAAGCUCCGUCGCCUAUCGCACCAAAACGCCAAAAUUAAGCAAGGUUCAAUGAAACGAUUCAAUGAAGGUGGUGAAAACACUGAUGAAGCCGCCACGAUAGUCGCUGGACCAGGCAAGUCUUAUUUGAAAUUGGUUGAGAGAUUGUGCGAUUUGCGAUUCCGAUGA